GUACUUUGUCCAAGAGGUUGGCUUUCAAGUUUUUAUGGCGGAUGUUUCAAAGUCCAUUUCAAUUCCCUGGACUGGAACUCAGCAAAAUCCGCGUGUGAAGCACUAGGAUCAAGCCUCGCUGUAUUGAAUUCGAAAGCUGAAUUACGAGAAUUUACUCAGUUGUUGAAGAGUGCAGGAGCAAGCGAACCUUAUUGGUGGAUUGGUUUAUACAGGGAUCCCAAAAACAAGGGACAAUGGCUAUGGGUCGGUGGGUUAACGGCUUAUUUCACUCCCUGGGAUACUGCACAACCAGACAAUUUUAAUUCAAACGAGGAUUGUGUGGAAUUCAGAAUGAAGUCAGAGAAAUGGAAUGAUAGGAACUGUUAUAAUAUCAGGAUUCCUUACAUUUGUGAAAUCAAUGGUAAGUACAACAUCCUUCAUGAACAUAUAGAGCGGUUUUCACUUGACUGUCGUAAAACCAAAACCAAAGUAAAUACACUAGUAAACUAAAGGGCGUAGUAAAACCAAAACCAAACCAAAACCAAUUACUUUCGACAGUCAAGUGAAAACCGCUCUAUACAUGAUUUUAAGACAAGAAAGAAAGUAAUAUAGGGCUUCAGGUCGCACAUAUUUAUUCUGACCUGGAAUGUUAUGAUCUGGUGGCUGCGGUAGGUGAUACUAUCACCAUGCAGGGUCGAGAUACAGAGUGUAAUUGCCCCCGCGAAAUCCCGAGAAGGCACCCUAGUAACUCGCGCGUAUAUUAAGGACAGUACUUACAGUUCAAAUAUACAGUCGGUAUACUAGAAAAAAUCUCGAUUUGCUCGAACAGGGGCCGCGAGGAAUCGGUAGGUAAUGAUGACGUUUCUAUUGUUUGCGCCCGCAAGAACGAAAUGGUUAGGAUGACGUAAAGACAGAAAAUCCCGAGGGGACCGCUCAGGUAGAUUUUGUGACAUUUAUUGUGCAGUCAUACUUCGAUACUCUUUUGCGUUGCGCAGUGACAUUCUGUGGAGCAGUUGUUUUGAAAGUUAUGGACCAAAAGACACUCGUUAAGCGCAGAUGAGCUUAUAAGGUGCGUUUAACUGUGUAUAUAUAAACACUUGGAGAGUUUGCCAGACACGAGUUCACAAAUCACACAAGACGAGUGAACAACGGCUAGCUUAUCACUAGCAGAUUGAUGGACAAUUACAGAAAUUCGCCGACAAUCAAAUUCUGUGCUGACUUAUUCCCUGCUCACAGAUGUCCUUCCUUUAUAAAGUGUCAAAUAAGACUAGAAUGCGCGAGUGUGAAUAGAUCAAACGUCCUUUUAAUUUCUAGGGCUUACCUUCCGGCAAAUAAAAUGAACUGAAUGUAAAAAGUGAUUGAGAAAUAGCGAAAAAUUCAACUUCUUAUUAAAUCUUUUCUUAUGGUUUGGAAUAAACUAUUCUCGAAACUGAGAAUGUUUUGAUCAAAGCUGUGUAAAUCGAGCUGAAACUGUGUAUGGAACCUUGCGUGUCCUGUAUUUAUCUCACCUAUUGUAUGGAAUAUGUAUGAAAAUCUUCAUUAUGAAUCGGUAUAUUUCAAAGAGCUACACAACCAGCAAGAAUACUAUUGACCGACAAUAUACAGAACGGGAGCAGCUGUAGUGUCAACUUUUACUAGUUGUAAUAUAGCCUGGAACCCAGUUAAAGGGGAUUAGCUUGGGGCGGCUAUAUACAGGAACACUCGGUUUUCUUCAGUUCUUCAGUUAUUUAAUGCGCUCUUUCUCUUCACGGUAACUUUACAAUUUCAGUUUCAAGAAAGGCAAUGUAAGGUCUAGCGUCCUACUUUUCUGGAGAAACAGCCGAGUACACACUUUAAGGUGCGAACUGUCAUUCAGACUCAGUUCAUGAAUUUCGAGAACACAGCUGCUACCUGAUGAUGCGUACUAGCAAGGUUGACACAUUUCGUAGAUUUUCAAUACUAGAACUUAACUGCUUCUUACAAGGCCAUCCCCAUAAAAUGUUUCGUUUCCCAUCGCCCGACCGACCCAUUUUUUUGGAAGGUGAAGAAACAAGUACUUUAAUUUAGAAGCACACGAUCUUGUCUUAUUAACACCAAUUGUAGCCUUUUUAGACAUUUGAUAGUCCUGUUAAUAGCGGAGCUCCCGCGCGCGCGAAGCGCGCGCGCAGCGGAGCACCAUGGGUAAGAAAAUUUGGUAAACUAUCCAUCCGAGAAAACUUGGUUAUGACGUAGAGUACGCCCACCCGUACACACACUUCAUGUAAGCCGAUGUCAAAUGUCACAAUAGAUCUUGCACAACUUGACUAGCCUCUUAGUUAUGUAAGCCAUCCGUAUGAGUACGAUUAGAUUGACAGCUGUCAAAAUCAGACAUCCGCUGACAAUUAUCACAUGACCAUCUCGCGGGCUCAGAUAAAAGACCAGUCGUUUUACCCCUAUAUAUAAGCUGACAUAAUAUGUCACACUUACCAAUUCAACAUAAAAACGAAACUACGCUGGGCAAGGCUGUCAGUUGACUGACAGUCGUUUAAAGUUACAUUGGGAAGCCAAAUUAAGUUCAAUUGACAGCUGUCAAAAUGGGACAUGUGCAGACCACAAUCAGAAAACUAGUAACGUGGGCUCAGGUUCGCUCAGGUACACGAUCUGGCAUUUUCCACUACAUGCCGGACGGAUAUGUCCUACUCACACUUGUAGUCCGUUAAUUCGAAUAUUCGCCAUUCUAAUGAAGGUUAAUUGACAGCUGUCAAACUAGAGUAUACGCUGACCAUCAUCACCUGAGUGGAUCGCGGGCUCAUUUUUCUAUCCAUUGAGGUCACGUAGUGUUUAAAGUUUUGCGCAUAUAUUUUAUUUGAUCACAGGCUCAAUUCGAAGCCCCAUAGCUUUAUAGAAAAUCUGUCCAUCCUAGAAAAUUCGGCAAGCACGUGACCGUACACCGAACACCCGACCUUCCUUCUGUCCGCACCACAGGCAUACCAAUGUUUCUGCUGACCAGUAUCGCCUGACCGUAUCGCGGGGUCAGGUAUAGACCCUCUGAGUUCGAGUAAUUUUUUUAAGGUAUCCGCUGACAAGUUGCUACUUUUCAAAUGAUCGCAGGCUCAAGUUCAAUUUUUUUAAAAUGCAUAUGAAAUAAGUCGUGUUCAUGAGGCGCUUUUUUAAAAUGUUGAUUUCGAACUGACCUCGGACACGAAAAUUCAACCGGCUUUUACAUUUAAAUGCAGGGAAGGCAAUCGCUUUUGACUUUUCUCACUGUCACGUGUUCAUCACGCUCUACGUCCAAUUUUUAUGUUCUGAUUGGUCAAAAUUUGACAGGUGAGUUUAUGGGGAAAAUUUAUGCAGCGUCUGGAAACUUGCUUACUGAUAGCUGGAGCUGACAGAGUUUUGUGUCAUCUUGUGAUGUUUUAAACUGUCUUUUUCUACUUGGUGUACAAAAUGAAAUACAGCUGCUAUCAACAUUGUUCUGUAAUUCGUGGCUGGUUUGCUUAUUGCGCUUUUUGUUGACAAAUGCACCGCUUGUCAAAGUCAUUGGAAAUCCGAUUUCGGAUGGCACCGUUUUCAAAAAUGAGCUUACUCACUUGAGGCGUAAGAGGGUUGAAAAGUCUCAAGCGAUUCUGGAACACUUGAAGACCUUCAGAAGCAGCAUCUCGACUGGUAAGCCUGAGCAAUUAUUGUCUUUGAUGUGUUUUUUUUUCGGUUUCCUGAAGUCGAGCGUAUGGUUUAUGCGGCUUAAGUUUAUACACGAGCAAUUAUCUAACCUACAAUAGUAUCAGGUUUAAAAAGCCUUUAGACACUUUUUGACCCGCAAAUUCAAAGAAAAGGUUCCGAGGAUUAUUUAGUUAUGAUUUUGGCAGUAAACAGAAAGCUCUGAUGGAUUUUCUUGCCUCGAGUUCAUCUUGAAAAAGAGAAAACACCGGGAAGCAGGCUUAAAACAUAAAUAAGCUUAUGCUUACCUGACUCAUGAUUUUCUGAGACACUUUACUCUCAAUACUUCUCUUCGUGAAUGAAAAUUAUUGCCUCUGUACAUGUUUCACCGAAUUAAAUUUAUUUUAUUGAUUGUUAGUAGUCCCUCUCGCAAUUUUUAUCGCUGCACCGGUUUUUUUUUUUUAAUUUCCAGUCGAACAUAAACAUCGCAUGCAAGAAUACUCAAAACGCCGCGCGUAAAUAUCACUCGCUUUGAAAGAUUACACAUAAAAAAAUCAUGCACAGUUUAAUGAAUAAAGGGAAGUAAAACCUAAACAUAACAAUUUCUCUAUCAUGUUGAAGCGUGAAUGGUAACUUUUUGACCCGCAAAUUCAAAGAAAAGGUUCCGAGGAUUAUUUAGUUAUGAUUUUGGCAGUAAACAGAAAGCUCUGAUGGAUUUUCUUGCCUCGAGUUCAUCUUGAAAAAGAGAAAACACCGGGAAGCAGGCUUAAAACAUAAAUAAGCUUAUGCUUACCUGACUCAUGAUUUUCUGAGACAUUUUACUCUCAAUACUUCUCUUCGUGAAUGAAAAUUAUUGCCUCUGUACAUGUUUCACCGAAUUAAAUUUAUUUUAUUGAUUGUUAGUAGUCCCUCUCGCAAUUUUUAUCGCUGCACCGGUUUUUUUUUUUUUAAUUUCCAGUCGAACAUAAACAUCGCAUGCAAGAAUACUCAAAACGCCGCGCGUAAAUAUCACUCGUUUUGAAAGAUUACACAUAAAAAAAUCAUGCACAGUUUAAUGAAUAAAGGGAAGUAAAACCUAAACAUAACAAUUUCUCUAUCAUGUUGAAGCGUGAAUGGUAACUCUAUUAAUCGCACUGCAAAUUUGGUGCCUGUGAAAAGUGAGAACCCGUCCGGCUGGCCGAAAAGUGAUUUUGGGAAUUUUUUUUAUCGUUUUCAUUAAAAGCCCAUAAUUAUUACCCUGCAUAUCUAGGACCAGAUUUUUCUAACUGAAAAGUCCCGGCAUUAUAGAAUUCUUUUCAUGAAAAUGUUUUACAAUUCAAUGCUAUAAUUUGUUGUGCAAACGAAGCGCGUGCUUUGAUCGUCGUGGAUAUUGAAUGAGUGCAAAUUCUCUUGCAAAAUUGUGAAAAACUGCAGAAUUAUAGGUUUAAAUAGAGCAAAAAAGAACAAAUUCUGUCCGAGGUCUGUAUGAUAAAAAAAGGGCCUCAUAGUACUGUUUACCUGAGACGUGAUGAGAAAAAGUAUGUUUCAAAGGCUGGUUUACACGCCAUCAGAUUCGUCGCCAAGAUUUACUAUAGUAAACUAAACUUGUCGAACACAAAAAAUCCGGCCUGAUUUUUUUAUUUUGGCCUCCCUUUUAGACAGAGGAAUGCAACUUGUAAAUUGGCUGCCACCAAGGACUAUCGUGGCGCGUGUGUUUCUUAAAAUUAUAAUUCGAGGUUAUCCAAUUAUCCAUAGUCUCUCUAACGGAGCAAUGUUGGUGAGACUAGUGAAUGCCACAUUAUGAUGCAACAGCGAAUGCAAAUACAAUACACGAAUAGGUCUAUUUGUUUUCCAGGCCUAAUCUACUGUGAUCGAACAUGAUUGCUAUUUUUCGGUGUACAAAUAAGACUAUUUAAUAACUCGAUGUAAAAUUUGUUGCACUCUUGGACGGUCAAAUUCUGAUUUUUCUCUAAAAUCACUCAGCCUUUGCCUCAAAAGUCAAAUGAAUGUGCCCUGAUCUGUGGAUUACAAUUGCAAGUUUAUUGUUUGAUUUAAAUUAUGAAUUUAUUAACGGGAGCUUCGCUUUUAGCCCUGGCUAAAUCUAUAUAUUAUACAUCUUUUACCAUCUGAUUAUAUCUUGCAGACUAAGCGUGAGAUUUAAUAUGCAAUCAUGUGUUCAUAUAUAUAUAUUUUUUUGCCCGACCGACCGACCCGCCUUCACGAGAGGGAGGGCGAUGGGAAACGAAACAUUUUAUGGGGAUGGCCUAAACACAACCCCAGACUUAAGGGAAAAAUUACAAGCAUCAGUUUGGUAAUAAAAUUUCGAUUACAAGUUUCGUAAAAACAUAUUAAAAUUGUAACUAAAUGUUUCGGCCGAUUACAAUAUUAACUCCUAGUAGUAAACAAAUUAAAUAUGAAAAGGCGGGCUUAUCCGAGAGCAAGACAGCUGAGAGAGCUAGUAUUACAUCUUUUAAGAGCUAGUAUUACAUCUUUUAUCGUGCAACUUUAAUGAACUAUUCACAAGGUAACACGCUUAAUCAAACAGUACGAGAUAGCAAUUAUUUCUUACCGAAGCCAGGUGAUUACAAGACUUUUUCAUUUAAAACGCCAGCUCCAGUUUAAGAGGUGUGAGCAGCUUAAGGCAAAGAGGAAGAUUGAUUGAAAAGAUCGAUGAUUACAAAACUCAAAAAGAAUUACAAGAAUCAAAAGUUAACGAAAAUAUCCAUAAAAAAAAAUACUUUGGUUAUAAAAUAAAAGUUUAGAUCCGUAACCCUCCGAGUCCGUCAGGUUACGGCAACGUAAGAGUUUUGUAAUAAUUUCCUUUGUUAAGAUAAUCUUAGAAAACGGUACAAUUUCCAUCAUAUUAACAAUAUUAAACAUUGUAAUUAAACUUAUUUGAACGGGGCUGUUCCUGUUUGGAAUACUGAUUACUGACCUAAUACCUUCUUGCAACUAUUCCAAUUUCGGUUAUGAAAAUUCAUUUUAUCCUUAUUUUUCCCACUUCCUUUUUAACGUUCUAAAUUGUGUUUUCGCGUUCUUUAACAGAAUAUAACAUCAGGCAUGAAGGAACUUAGGGUGUGUAGUGUAGCAAAUUUGUAACAAUCAUCGCACUUUGUAAUACCCUUUACAAAUAGAUUCCAUGUUGCCAUGCGUCUGUUCAGUAAUAGAUCACAGUGGUAAAAACAGCGAAGUGGCACACGAGCCGUAGACGGGAGAAUCACUGAUAUUUUCACCACAUUUUGACGUCCUCUGUGAUCUAUUACCGAACAGACCCAUUGCAACAUGGAAUCUGUUUGUUUUAUACAAUGAACAGAAAAGAAAAAAAAAAAACCACAAACUUGCCUCGUACCGCUAAAUGUUCGAGGAUUUGUGUCAGCUUAAGCAUUUUCGUAGUCGUAAACGGUUCUUUUAGUUUUCAUCUUUACUGAUCUCUGACUACCAUACAGUUCAUCUCCAAAGUCUAUCAAGGUAUCCAUCGAUAUCCACUAGCUCCAAGCAGAAUACUCGCGAAAACUGCGAGUCUAUCGUAGCAAUGACCAAGAUGACAACUGUUGUGAAGAUUUCUUCCAGUUUAGGCAUUUUCAAGUCGAUAAGAACUCUCUUUGUCUAGUAAUCACAUUCUCUUGCUAUGAGAUUCGCUUUUAAGACUCUUUUAUGACACUUAGCGUCACAUGUCGCUUCGUUGGUAUUAUCUGGUAUUAUCAUUUCCGUUCUUUUAUUGUCGAACCUCUCAGAAAAAUUAUCGUGUCUCGUCUCCGUUAUUAGAAAACCCAACAGCUGGUGGCGGUUUCUCGUCUUCUUCUUCUUUUAAAAGUUACGAGCUUGCUUGGUUACUUCAUCAUCUUUGAUUGCACCAUUCAUGUUUUUUGAGAAGAUAAAUUAUUCAUAUUAACUAAGUAUUAAAGUUGAAUAAAUCGUUGAAUAAAUCUCAAAAGCUUUUUUUCAAAAGCCCCUUUUUUUCUUGGUUUCCUCCCUUUAGCUCUUUUUCCAUUGCCAAGUAUUAAGCAUUUUUGAAUAAUUUCCCUCUAUUUCUUUUGCCUUUCACCCUUUUCUCUCCCGCCUCCCGCACCCCUCUCUCCCCCAUGUAUUCUCCCGUGUCCCAACCCCCCUGUUCUCCCCUACAAGUCUGGGGAGCCUAGAGAUAUUCGUUAAGAGAAACCGGGAAAGUGAACAGAAGCUAUAGACAGUCAGUGGAUGGUGGCAUUUAUUAUAUUCAGAAAGAAUAUAACAUGAGGGGUCAGCUCUUAAAUCUUUUAAGGUGAGCAGAAAUCAAGUUUAUCAACUCCGUAGAUGAAACUAACUCCCCAUACCAAUGUAGCGCCAAAGUUCUGCGUAACCUUGCAAUGAUUAAAAAAAAAACGAUUUUUUUUCUCGAGAGAGCGCGAAAAUCACGGAAAAUUUGCCUCCAAAGGAAAAAGAAUACAAGGACCGCCUUAUCACUGGUUAUUUCCGAGUUAGAACUAAUCAACCAAGUCCUUCAUUUCUUUGUUGUAAAUAAGAAAAUAAGAAAAAUCUUGUAGCGUCAAUGCAUCAAAAACGUAUAACGUAGCCAAGUACAGGCGCGCUUAUUUUAAAGCACUUCGAAAUGACCGACGGGCAUGUUCAAUCAGCACUGCACGAAAAAUUCUAGAUUAACACCAAAUAUUUGCUCGGGGCAAAUAUGAUGCAAAGAAGUGCAAACUAGGAAGAAACCAGGGGCAAAGAUGGUAAAUAAGGCAAUUGCAUCCUAAUUUACAUGAUAGGGUUGCAAAUUCACGGGCAAAUGCGGUAUUUACCAUCUUUGCCCCUUAUUUCCUCCUAGUUUGUACUUUUUCGUAUUAUGUUUGCCCUGAGCAAGUUUUGUGUAUAUCUAAUUUUAUGCACAGUGAAGAAAUAUUUAGAAACAUGACCAGAUUUUAAAAUUCAAAGAUCUAUCUCAAAUCUCAAUUUAGUGCCUAAUCUGUACGCAUAAUAGGGAAUCAGAGCAGUCUUAAACUCAAUUGAAGAGAUAACAAUUCUGUCGACAUCAGUUUUUAUAUAAUUAAUUAUCUUUUAUAGGUUGCCCUCUUGACUGGACUAAACACCAAUCUUCGUGCUAUAAACUAUCCUCUAAUUCCCUGGAAUGGAUCGCGGCAAAAUUUGCGUGUGAAGCACUCGGAUCUAAUCUCGCAAUGUUGGAUUCACCAGCUGAACAACGAGAAAUUGGUUGGGGAAACAGAACAUGGAUUGGUUUGCACCGUGACUCAAGUAACAACUCACGCUGGCAAUGGAUUGAUGGUUCGUUAGCGGUUUACCUAAACUUUGCUAACCAAUCAAGCAAGUGGAAUGGUACUGAAGAUUGCGUAGAAAUGUAUCCGUCAAGGAAAUGGAAUGUCUUGAACUGUAAUACUUCUCUUCAUUAUUCUUGUGAACUAUCGUCGGGU